GGGGGGGUGGCGGCGGGGAGGGGGGGUUUCGUGUGUCAACAUCCAGGGUUGUCCCCGGGGGAGGCGUAGCAUUAAUACCUGAUGUUGCCUUGAAACAGUCUUUUCUUUCCGCCAGACGCCCGUUUAGCGAUCCCGACUGCUAAAGAGCAGCCGACCGCUCCUCUCGCCGCGCCGCUUUGACGUUAGCUGGUGUUAUUUUAAAGGAUGACAGAGUACAAUGUGCCAGCAGCCUCUCCGGUAAUUUAAUAAUAUCUGGGGACGUGCUAGCUUAGCCGGCUGGCCUUGUGGUUUCGGCGAGACCAGGGGAAACGCUGCGAAAACGCUCCGCUGACAUGAUGUUUCCUCAAUCCAGGCACACGGCGUCAUCCCAGUCCGGCCAAGCUCUGAAGUUCACCACCUCUGACUCCUGUGACCGAAUCAAGGAUGAGUUCCAGUUCCUCCAAGCACAGUAUCACAGUUUGAAGUUGGAGUGCGAUAAGCUGGCCUCUGAGAAGUCUGAGAUGCAGCGUCACUAUAUCAUGUAUUAUGAAAUGUCCUAUGGGCUCAACAUUGAAAUGCACAAACAGGCUGAAAUAGUGAAGAGACUGAAUGGGAUCUGCGCUCAGGUGCUGCCUUACCUGUCCCAGGAGCACCAGCAGCAAGUCAUGGGUGCGAUAGAGAGAGCCAAGCAGGUCACGCCUCCUGAGAUGAACUCCAUCAUACGGCAACAGCUGCAGGUGCAGCACCUGUCCCAGCUCCAGGGCCUGACCCUGCCUGUGGCCCCGCUGCCCCUGGGCCUCACCCCGCCCUCCCUGCCUGCCGUCUCCUCCAGCUCAGGCCUCCUCUCCCUCUCCUCCAUCCUGGCCAACUACUCUCACAGCCAGCCGCAGGUGGGGAAGGAGGACAAGGCCAGAGACGCCGCGGAGAGAGCGCCCAGAGGAGAGGACGGCGACAAGUCAGAUUAGUGAAGGCACGCAGAGGUCACUGGGCUGAGGGAAGCGGGGAGGUGCUGUGUGUGUGUGGGGGGGUGUAGGUGUUUAAAAAGAAGGAAGAACAGACUGUAAAUGGGGGUUGAUGCAAGUCUGGCUGCUGAGUGUUGUAGAGGAACCGCAGAGAUGAUGAUGAUGAUGAUGAUGAUGAGCGGAAAUGUUCGAAUGUGCAAAGGAUCCUGAAAAGCUUAAACUGAGAGUAAACGUCCGGAUCAUCUAGUGGUGAUGGACUCAGUGCAGACCUCAGACUCUCAAUACUUUAUUUGUGUGUAAUCAGCUGUUAUUAGGCCUAACAAAUGUAACUGUUGUUCCUUUUGGAGAGAGGGCUGAGUGAGAAACAGGCUUUCUUCCCAUGUCCCCUGUAGUCUCGCAGCGACAAUAAGCAGAUUUAAAAAAAAACAAAAAAAAAACAUCCUGGUUCUUAAAACCUUUUCUGACCCCCUACAUCAGUUCAUCUCAAAUGAAAACUCUCUUCUCGUUGGUUAGAUUGGACUUUUAAAAGACGUAUAACUCUUCAGUGAUUAACCAGGUUUCAUCCCAAGUGAAGCCGGUGCCACUUCUGUCAUUACAGUGGAUCGGGCCGUAACUUCAAACGUUUUUGCCGUGAUAUUUUUCUGAGCUGGGUCCUGGUAGUUUAACAUGAUGCUAGUUUUAGGACCAGGCUGUUGUCACGUUUCCAGUUCAUUCCCUUAAAAACAGCUUUUUCUGGUUUGUUCGAUUCAACUUCCUGAUAACGUCGGGGAUGAAGCUCCCAGCGGUUCCAGAUCCAUUAGGUGAAUUUCAGCUUUCUUUCCGAUAAUCACUUCAACAUCCUGUAAACGCCCCACGCCCCCAAUGUACACCAGCUUUUCCUGACCCAGGAAUAGCUCCUUAUCCAACUAAACUUUACCCCACAUCAAACUGAUUGAUUGGAGACGAACACUGGGGGUUGGAGGUGAAGGAAAGGCGGCGGAUUUGUUUCUCUACAGUCUCUUUCUCUCCCACUGUUGAGCGGAGACGUGAAGCAGUAGCUUGUUGGUCACGAAAGCGAUUACAAACACCUCAGACACCAGAAUACUCUCAUUUUCACUCUUUAUGGGCUCAAAAAAUCCUUCUUUAAUAAACUUUCAGUGAGUUGUACGCAUGUUGCAUCGAUUCUUGUUCUGUGUUGAGUUUCUGUGUACAGCGUGCAGGAGAGCUGUGCUGACGGCAUGCUAGCUUGAAUUUCACACACUGGCGUCAAAUAGUGUUUGCUCCCCCCUUAAGGAUUUCUUCGGCCUUUUUUUAUUUGUCACACUUAAACGUCAUCGAACAAGUUUGAUAUUAAAGAAAAAUAAGCCGAGUAAAUUACAAAAAUGCUGCUUUUAUGUCCUGAUUUCAUUUAAUAAGGGUAACAAAAACCUAUCUGAACCCACCUGUCCCCAUGUGAAACAACUGAGUAGUGUGACAUGCUUUUUUUUGGCAACAUGUGGCAUCAAGGGUUGUGAUAAUUAUGAGGAAGUCUUUUGCACCUCCGUGGGGGAACUUUGUUUUAAUUCAGCCUUAUUAGACGGGUUUUCCAGCACAAACAAUCCGUUUAUGGCCAGACCACCGCAUCUCAAUCACAUUUAAGCCCAGACUUUGACUAGGCCAAUCCAAAGCCUUCUUUUUUUUUUUUUUUUUUUUUUUUGGCACUAGAAGCACCAGAGCGUCAGAGUACCACUGUUGUGUUUGUUCUGACUCUGGGAAUGAGGUUAAUUUUCUGAAAUGUUAGUUUUUUCACACGCAAACCUGUCAGUCCACAGAAUAUUUUUUUCUAAAAAGUCUUCGGGAUAAACAGGAUGUUAUUGGCUAGUGCGAGAUGGGUCUUUGUUACCUGUAAACAAUGGUUUUUGCCUUGCAACUCGCCUUUAUUAUUUAUUAAUAAAGACGAGUUGCCAUUUAUUUUUUGCCCGGUCUUUCCUGCAGAGCGUUGGAUGCUCCGGGUUCUUUACUGACCACCUUGGUACAUUGUUGAUGCGCUUCUGGAGCGACGCCAGAGUUCCAAAAGUCUUUGAAACGGUUUCAUACCUCCUUUCCCCGACCAUGUGGAUAUCAAUAACUUCUCAUCUCUUGAAUUUUCUGUAGAUCGGGGCCCGAAGUGUUGCUUUCUGAGAUCUCUUUAGCCUGCUUCAUGUUGUCAGACAGGAUCUACAGGUCUGGCAGGAGUAAUUUAACUAGAAACCAAUCGUCUCAUCACACCCCUUUCAACUGGUCAUUCAUGAUUUAUCAACUUGGGCAAAUAUAGUCUCAUUGGCCGGGGUUGGUUCAGGUUUUUGAAUUUGAAAACUGUUUCUAUUUAUUAUCAGUAUCUUUCAAAAGAAAAUUAGCUUCAAGUUUGACAACAAAAAGGAAAAAGAAAUCUAUAAUAUCUGCAAAUACAAAGCAAUGUGACUAGUUGGGGAUCACGGCUGGCCUUUGAUUUUUAUUUUUGUGGGCAGCAGAGGGCAGCAUUGCUCCUUAUUUGAGGAUGACGUGAGGAAGACUGUCUCUGAAGCCUCUGAAGUUCUCCAUUCUUUCCCCAGAUCCGCAUUUCCUGCUUGCUUUCACCUCCUUUGCUCGAAUUACUUAACACCCGAGAUCAGCAUUAAAAACGUAGCCUCUUUAUCUUAAUUUGAAGCACUUAAGAUUCGUUUCAGUACUGUUGCUUUUCUUCUGUCUGUUGGAGAGGGUAAAAAAAAAAGUUUCCAGCUCCCUUCUUUUUUUUUUUUAGGUUUAACUUUGGGACAUCUAAGAGCUCGCUCUCCUUAAACCCCGGUUUGGCAAAACUCAGACAUGUGAAUAGUUUGUGCGUUUGUUUUGCUGUGAAGGGCCAAUUUGUAUACAUACGAAUAUAUCAAUAUACAUAUUUUUUAAAGCAUUUUUGUAUGUUUCAAAGCUGCUUUUUAAUGUGUGUGUAUAUCAUCAAAGACCUUGGUGUCGUGCGUGAGUGUGUGUGCGCGCAUUACAUGCCUAGAGGCACAAUGUUGUAUAACAUGUGUUUUUUUUUUUUUUUUCUGAUUAAUUUUCUUCUUCUCAUCGUCUUGUAAUAUUCUAGUUUUCUAAGUGUUUCUUUUCUGUGCAAAAACAAACAAAAAAAACCUACAAAAAACAAGACGAAAAACCCUGUUAAAUGUGUUCAGAAACACGUUUUUAGAUUACCCGGGACAGAAAAAAAAAAAAAAAAAGAUGUAAGCAAGCAGCUUGUACUUAAGAAUGAAUCAACCUUUUAGCAGUAAGGAAGCUUCUCUGGUGCCUUACAAAUAAAAGAUGUGAUUAAGAGUGGCCACGUUUGUGUGUUAGUGUGUCGUUAAUCAUCUGCUACGCAGCCGGAGGAAAGAGGAGAACGAUAAAUGAAGACGGACACGAGUGGAUAGAACGAUUUGACUUUCAGGGUUAUCAGAGGGAUCGGUGAACCCUUGCAAGGAUCUUUACUGCAAGUUCACGAUGCGGUGUUUCAGAAAAUUCACAUUUAUGAAUAAAUAAAUCAUGGUGUCAAAUCUC